AUGUUCAAGAAAUGGAUGAAAAUGCUUUCUGCAGUUCGACCUUCUCUUCAAGCAUGCUCGCGUACGAUUGCUAGUGUCCGUGGAAAGCACGCUCUACCAGAUCUUGGUUACGAUUACAAUGCUUUGGAGCCGGUUAUUACCGCCGAAAUAAUGCAACUCCAUCAUCAAAAACAUCACGCCACUUAUGUGAACAAUUUGAAUGUAGCAGAGGAGAAGACCGCUGAAGCUCUUGCUAAAGGCAAUGUCAAGGAGGCUAUUGCUCUGCAAGGUGCGCUCAAAUUCAACGGCGGUGGACACAUCAAUCAUAGCAUUUUCUGGACCAAUCUUGCAAAGGAUGGAGGUGAGCCGAGUAAAGAGCUUCUGGAUGCUAUCAACCGAGAUUUUGGCUCGUUGAAGAACAUGCAAGAUGCACUCUCCAAUGCUACUGUUGCUGUUCAGGGUUCUGGCUGGGGUUGGCUCGGUUAUUGCCCUAAAAGCGGACGUAUAAGCGUUGCUACUUGUGCCAAUCAGGAUCCACUAGAGCCCACCACCGGACUGGUUCCACUUUUUGGCAUUGAUGUUUGGGAGCAUGCUUAUUACCUUCAGUACAAAAACGUGCGUCCGGACUACGUAAAAGCUAUUUGGAAGAUUGCCAAUUGGAAGAACAUCUCCUCCAGAUAUCUUUUUGAGGCCAACGCUGGAAAGCAA